AUGCUCUUGGAUCCUGAAGACCCACCACUGGAUCCUCCUCCCAUGCCUGAGGAUCCUCCACCACAACAUCCAGAAGAACCUCCUCCACCUCCAAUGAUGCUCUUGGAUCCUGAAGACCCACCACUGGAUCCUCCUCCCAUGCCUGAGGAUCCUCCACCACAACAUCCAGAGGAACCUCCACUGCUUCCACCUCCAAUUAUGAUCUUUGUUCCGGAGGACCCACCGCUAGAUCCUCCUCCCAUACCGUAGCCUGAUGAUCCUCCACCACCUCCACCUCCAAUGAUGCUCUUCGACCCGGAGGACCCACCACUAGAUCCUCCUCCCAUACCGUAG